ACCUCGAUCAUCUAUUCACUCAAUCAUAUCUCAGCUCGAUCAAAAACAAACAUCAAUGGAGCAUUGGGUUCGAGCUUUAGUGGUGAUUGGUUUCAUAUUCCCGUUGUUGAUAGAGGGUCGUGUUCGUCACUACAAUUUCAAUGUUGUAGUGAAAAAAGCGAGUCGAUUAUGCUCAACGAAGCCAAUAGUAACAGUUAACGGGCAGUUCCCAGGACCAACGCUCUAUGCUAGAGAAGGUGACACAGUUCUCGUAAGGGUUGUCAACCAUGUGAAAUACAAUGUUUCAAUCCACUGGCAUGGCAUACGACAACUGCGAACAGGAUGGGCAGAUGGGCCAGCAUAUAUAACACAAUGCCCGAUCCAGCCCGGGCAGAACUAUGUAUAUAACUUCACAAUAACCGGGCAAAGGGGCACACUUUUCUGGCAUGCACAUAUUCUAUGGCUUAGGGCAACUGUUCAUGGCGCCAUUGUUAUUCUACCUAAACUUGGAGUUCCUUAUCCUUUCCCCAAACCUGAUGUUGAACAGGUCGUCAUCUUAGGAGAAUGGUGGAAGUCAGACACUGAAGCUGUGAUCAAUGAAGCAUUAAAAUCUGGUUUGGCCCCAAACAUAUCAGAUGCACAUACCAUAAAUGGCCAUCCUGGACCUAUAUCUGGUUGUACACAAGGAGGGUUUCAAAUAAGCGUCGAAAAUGGGAAAUCGUACAUGCUACGUAUAAUCAAUGCUGCACUCAAUGAAGAACUCUUCUUCAAGAUCGCCGGCCAUAAGCUCACGGUGGUGGAAGUCGACGCCACCUACGUAAAACCCUUCCAAACCGACACAAUCGUCAUAGCACCAGGCCAAACCACCAAUGUCAUCGUCACAGCAAGCAAAAGCGCCGGUAAGUUCAUGAUGGCAGCCUCGCCGUUCAUGGACUCACCUAUAGCUGUCGACAACAAAACCGCCGUCGCCACUCUCCUUUACACCGGUACCCUCAGCACCACAUCCACUACCCUAGCCAUCCCACCUCCUCCAAACGCCACCGCCACUGCCAACAACUUCGUAGACUCCCUCCGGAGCUUGAACUCAAAAAAGUAUCCGGCGAAGGUGCCUCUGAAAAUCGAUCACUCCUUGUAUUUCACCGUGGGACUUGGUAUCAACCCGUGCCCGACUUGCAAAGCGGGUAAUGGCAGUCGGGUCGUUGCGAGUAUUAACAAUGUUACGUUUGUUAUGCCUACCACUGCUCUUCUUCAAGCACAUUACUUUAAUAAGAAUGGGGUCUUCACUACUGACUUUCCGGGUAACCCGCCGGUUUCUUUCAACUAUACCGGAGCUCCACCGGCAAAUUUGGCUACCAGUAGUGGGACUAAGCUUUAUAGGCUAAAGUACAACUCAACAGUUGAAUUGGUAUUACAGGAUACGGGUAUUAUUGCUGCAGAAAACCACCCGGUUCAUUUACAUGGGUUUAAUUUCUUUGCUGUGGGUAAGGGAUUAGGCAAUUAUAACCCGAAAGUGGACCCGAAUAAGUUUAACCUGGUCGACCCGGUUGAGAGGAAUACCAUUGGUGUGCCUUCUGGUGGAUGGGUAGCUAUCCGAUUCCGAGCGGAUAAUCCAGGUGUUUGGUUUAUGCAUUGCCAUUUAGAAGUUCAUACGACGUGGGGACUAAAAAUGGCAUUUUUGGUGGACAAUGGUCAAGGACCAAAAGAGUCACUUUUGCCACCUCCAAAAGAUCUUCCAAAAUGUUGAGAAAGGGAGAGGGGAAAUUAGUAUGAUUUGGGUAUUUAGAGGAUAUAUUUGUUUCUUGAGCAACUAAAUGGUUUGUUCAAGCCAUAUACAAUAAAUUUUCAAGUGAUUUGUGUUAUAUAUGAGAC